AUGGAAAAUGGGAAUGGAGAAGGAAAGGGAGAGUUCAUAAACCAAAACAACAACGGUUUCUUCCAUGACUCCAUGUCAAUGCUCUCCUCUCUUCCUCCUGCUCCUCCUCCCUGGGACUCAUCUCUUCCCCCUCCUCCUCCGCAAUCACUUUUCCACGCUCUCACCGAGUCUGGUGGUCCAACAACGGGUAGCCAAGAUGGGUCGUUGCAGCAAGCACAAGGGACAGUCUCGACCACGAGCGCACCUGUGGCUCGCCAAAAGCCAAGAGUGCGAGCCAGGAGAGGCCAAGCCACGGAUCCUCACAGCAUCGCUGAGCGGGUAUCUUUCAUUAUUAACGUACCUCCAUCUCCUCAUUUUAUCUUGUGUGUUUCUGAUUGUAUUGCUUUGUGGCAGUUGAGAAGGGAACGCAUUGCAGAGAGGAUGAAGUCUCUCCAAGAAUUGGUUCCCAACACCAACAAGACGGAUAAGGCAUCAAUGCUGGACGAGAUCAUUGAGUACGUUAGGUUCCUUCAGCUUCAAGUCAAAGUACUAAGCGUGAGCAGAUUGGGAGGUGCAAGAGCAGCUGGUCCACGCCUCAAUGGUCUCACCUCCGAGGUUAGAGGACAGCUCAACGCACUCUCAGGACCGCACAAUGGCGUAGUAAAUGGAAACGGAAACGCUACAGGAUCAUCUAAUGAGAGCCUGAGGUCAACAGAACAGAGAGUGGCAAAACUGAUGGAAGAAGACAUGGGAUCAGCAAUGCAGUACCUUCAAGGGAAAGGGCUUUGUCUAAUGCCCAUCUCUCUAGCAACUGCAAUGUCAUCUUCAUCUAAUCACUCUCGUGGAGCUCUCUUCAACCCUACUUCAAAUGUCGUAGCAGCAGAGGAGGCAAAUGUAGCAGCAGCAGCUGCACCUCAAGCCUCCUCUCCUAUGGAUGAUGUCUCUACCGACAAGGCCUGAACCAUAGGGGGAUCUCUCAUUGUUUCUUCAUUUUCUCCGUUUUAAGUCAAAACAUUAUCUAUUUACUGUUUUUCACC